UGUGAAUUCCUCUUCCCCCGUCUCUCAUUCUCUAGCUGGUUCAGACCAGGUCCUCUCCUCGCUCUUUCUCUCUCUACCUGAAUUCACUCCGAGGACAGAAAAGAGAGAGGAGAGAGAAAGAGGAGAGAGAGAGAAAGAGGGAGGUUUGGAAGCUGCGAAGAUGAUGCAAUCGACGACGAACGUUGCGGAUCUGAAUCAGCAGCAACAACAGCAGCAGCAGCAACAACAGCAGCAGUGGAUGCAGCACUAUCAGCAACAAUGGAUGGCGAUGCAGUACCCUGCGACUGCAAUGGUGAUGCAGCAGCAGAUGAUGUACCAGCAGCAGCAGCAGCAGCAACAACAACAGCAACAACAACAUUACAUGCCCUACCACCAUCAACCUUAUCAACAACAACCACCCCAGCAACAGCCACAACAGUCUCAGCCUCAGAUUCAGGGUGGUUCUAGUGAAGAGAACAGGACGAUCUGGAUCGGUGACCUUCAACAAUGGAUGGACGAAUGCUACGUCAACAGCUGCUUCGCUCACACCGGCGAGGUUUUCUCUGUAAAGGUUAUUCGCAAUAAGCAGACUGGUCAGUCAGAGAGGUAUGGGUUUAUUGAGUUUGUUUCUCGUGCAGCAGCUGAAAAAGUUCUGCAGAGUUUCAAUGGUACCGUAAUGCCAAAUACAGAGCAAACCUUCCGCCUAAAUUGGGCAGGCUUCAGCACAGGUGAUAGGCGUGUGGAUACUGGUUCAGAUCUUUCUGUAUUUGUAGGAGAUUUGGCUGCAGAUGUUACUGAUGCAGUAUUGCAUGAAACUUUUGCUAGUAGAUAUCCAUCUGUUAAAGGAGCCAAAGUUGUUGUUGAUUCAAAUACUGGCCGUUCAAAAGGUUAUGGUUUUGUUAGGUUUGGCGAUGAAAAUGAGAGGUCAAGGGCCAUCACUGAAAUGAAUGGCAUGUACUGUUCAUCUAGGGCGAUGCGCGUAGGUGUUGCGACCCCUAAGAAGCAAUCAGGGUAUCAACAAUAUUCAUCACAAGCUCUGGUAUUGACUGGUUCAUAUCCUUCAAAUGGUGCUAUGCCCCAGAAUGCCCAGUCUGAUGGUGAUUCAUCGAAUACAACAAUAUUUGUGGGAGGGCUUGACUCUGAUGUCACUGAUGAAGAUCUCAGGCAGUCCUUUUCUCAGUAUGGCGAGGUUGUCUCUGUAAAAAUACCUGCUGGAAAGGGAUGUGGCUUUGUACAAUUGGCUAACAGAAGCAACGCUGAGGAUGCAAUGCAGGGGCUGAAUGGGGCAGUUAUUGGCAAGCAGACGGUUCGCCUUUCUUGGGGUCGAAGUCCAGGGAAUAGGCAGUUAUUGACAAGCUCCACAUUAUCAGAAAAAAGGUUGAGAACGGACUCCAAAAAUCAGGUGAACGGAGCUUAUUACGGAAGGCAAGGUUAUGGAGGUUAUGGAUAUGCCGUGCCUCAGAAUCAGGAUCCAAGCAUGUAUGCUGCAUCUGGGGCUUAUGAGGCUGCUUCAAAUGGAAAUGGCAAUCACCAAUAGCCAGUCAGCUGAAGUUACUUGUUUGUUUAAUUUAAAUCACUGAAAGACAUGAUGAAAACUAGAUGGAUUUGGUUGUUUCUUUGUUGGAUAUUUUAGCCGGAUUUAAUUCGUCCCCAAUAUUUUUAUUAAAUAGAAUUUAUUUGUACUAAAUUUUGGAAUUAGAUAAGAGUUGCAUACAUUAUUGUGGAGCAAA